AUGGAAAACUUGCAGGUGUCUGAUAUAGAAACCGCUUUACAAUGCAUAUCGUCUACUGCAUCUCAAGAUGAUAAAAAUAAAGCGCUUCAAUUUUUAGAGCAAUUUCAAAGGUCCACCGUGGCCUGGUCUAUUUGCAAUGAGAUUUUAUCUAAGCAAGAUCCUACAAACUCUUUUCUGGAAUUAAACAUUUUUGCUGCGCAAACUCUAAGGAAUAAAGUCACAUACGAUCUAUCACAAUUAGAAAAUAACCUUCCACAAUUCAAGGAUUCUUUGUUGGCGCUUUUAUUGUCCCAUAACCAAAAAUUGAUUAUUACACAACUGAAUGUCGCAUUAGCACGUUUAGCGAUCCAAUUUUUAGAAUGGCAGAAUCCAAUUUUCGAGAUCAUUUCAUUAUUGAAUUCUUCGCCAUCUAUAUUAUUGAACUUCUUAAGAAUUUUACCUGAAGAAACUCUAGACAUUGCCUCUACUCCGUUGACGGAAGUAGAGUUCAAUUCCAGAAUUCAUGAACUGGUUGAUCCUAUAGCAGAAGACGUGUUGAAGUUUCUUGUCUCAUGCAUAGACCUAUUACAAAACACAGAUGAAACUUCCAACUCAUCUAUUUCAUUAGAACAAAUUUUACGUUGUUUAAACUCUUGGUCGUAUGAAUUCCCAAUUGAACAACUGCUGACCGUACAACCCUUAAUAAACCUCGUAUUUGAGACUAUUUCCAACGCUAAUGAAAAUGAUAUGGACGCAUUCGAUUCUGCUAUUGAUUGUCUCUGUGUUAUCCUCAGAGAAAGCAGAGAUACUACCAAUGAGCAGUUGAUUUCUGCUUUAUUUCAACAGCUAAUGCUUUUACAAGAAAAAUUAUUGCCUACUUUAAUUAUGGACCAUCCUUUGAAUGAUGAAUAUGAUAGCGAUCUCCUAGAAGGCAUGACACGGCUAUUCGUGGAAGCUGGCGAGGCUUGGUCAGUUGUUAUUUCUAAAAACCCUGAUUUUUUCAAACCAAUGGUUUUGGUAUUAUUGAUGUUGACCUGCAAAAAUGAAGACUUAGAUGUCGUUUCCUAUACUUUCCCAUUUUGGUUUAAUUUUAAACAAAGUUUAGUUUUGCCAAGGUAUCAAGACUCGAGAAAAGCUUACUCUGAUAUUUUUGUUAAAUUAAUAAACGGUAUAAUUACUCAUUUACAAUACCCGUCAGGCCAAUUUUCAUCCAAGGAAGAAGAAGAUAAAUUUAAGGAUUUCAGGUAUCAUAUGGGUGAUGUGUUGAAGGAUUGUACUGCAGUGGUGGGAACCUCUGAGGCCUUAUCACAACCACUAAUAAGAAUCAAGUCUGCAAUAGAAAACAACAAUAGCUGGCAAGUGAUGGAGGCCCCAUUAUUUUCUUUAAGAACGAUGGCUAAAGAAAUUUCUUUGAGCGAAAACACCAUUUUACCAGAAAUUAUCAAGAUCAUUUGUAACCUUCCAGAGCAGGCCAAAAUUAGAUACGCAUCAACAUUGGUUCUUGGUAGAUAUACCGAAUGGACAGCCAAGCAUCCAGAACUACUGGAAAUUCAAUUGCAGUAUAUUUUCAAUGGUUUCCAACUGCAUGAGGGUUCAUCUGAUAUGCAAAGUAUAAUCACCGCGUCAUCACAUGCAUUAAUGUUCUUUUGUUCGGAUUGCUCAAAACUAUUAGUUGGAUACAUUGAUCAAUUGAUCAACUUCUUCCUCAAUGUGCAAAAUUCGAUUGAUAUUGAGUCACAAUUUGAACUAUGUCAAGGCCUUAGUGCAGUAAUAAAUAACCAGCCAGAGUCCAAAGUUUCAGUAAUAUUCGAAAAACUCAUAGGUGAUAAUUUGCAACAAAUUGAGGCCUUGGUUCCUCAAUGGAAAGCAAAUCCAACGCUAUUUGCCCCACAGAUUGCCGAUAAGGUUGAUUUGCUAUAUGCGCUUUUUGAAGAAUUGAAACCUAGAUACAGUUAUCCUCAGCAGGGAUCUGAACCUUUACUCCCCAGAAUAGAAUUCAUUUGGAAAGCUCUAAGAACGCUGCUAGUUGAUGCAGGAGCAAUGUCAGAUGGUAUUAUUGUGGAAAGAGUAGCUAAAUUGCUACGCAGAAUUUUUGAGAGAUUCCAUGUAUUUUGUGAACCAAUAUUACCUUCUGUUGCCGAAUUUCUAAUCCAAGGCUAUUUAACAACUGGAUAUGGUUCCUAUUUGUGGUGUUCAGGUUCUCUUAUUGUUAUUUUUGGUGACGAUGAAUCAUUCCCCAUAUCCCAGGAUCUAAAGGAUGCAGUCUGGAAGUUCGCUUUAUCCCAAUGCGAGACAUUCAUACUGAAUUUCUCUAAGCUUGAUAAACUUCAAUUAAAUGAUUACCAUGAGGCAAUCAUUGAUUUCUUCUCAUUAAUUACGGACUUGAUCAUGUUUUACCCCGGUGCAUUUUUGAACUCUACAGAGUUAUUAAGCCCUGUACUGAAUGUUGCUCUCGAGUGUGUCAACAAGCUUGACAACUACGACGCUUAUAUAUGUAUCUUGCGUUGCUUAGAUGAUAUCAUAUCCUGGGGGUUCAAGACUCCGCCGAUCUCAACAGUAUCCAUCGAGAUUGUUCCAGAUGAAUGGAGAAACCAAGUUAUUAACGAGGUUGUAAUAUCUCACGGUAACCAAUUGAUAUUAGUAUUAUUCAUUGGACUGGUAACUACCUUUGAAAACACCGCUCAUUCAGAUGCCAUUAGUUGUAUCGUAAAAUGUUUGAGAAUACUGACAGAGGCAAACAACAGCGAUCCGACUAUUUGCGUUGAUUGGAUUUAUAACGUGGUGGAACAACUUGGCCAGGUAACCGUUAAUGAAAGAGAUAAUUUGGCGAAGGCUAUAGUAGAGGGACUAAAUUCGAGAGACUACAGAAAGGUGAGGGAAGGAAUCAGAGCGUUUGUUGGAUGGUAUUCAAGAAAGAAUGUCAAUUCGAGGUUUGAAUAA